UAUAUAUUAUUGAAUUGGGUUAAAUAAACGUGGGUCAUGUGAUUAGGCAAUAUUAUAUCUUUUUUUUGUCUAGUCGUUUUUGCUCGUAACACAAGAAUAGAAUUCCGGUAAAGAGCUUUUCCAGCCUCUCAUUUGAAGAACGGCGAGGGCGAUCACUCCCCACCCCACCCACUACUCUUAUAAUUGAAUCUCAUCUCCUCUACUCUGUGCUCUCUUCUGCUACAUUUCUGACUCAUUUGUAACCAUGGUGGAAAAUCAUCCAACGGCGAAGAAAGUGUUGAUGACAUCCAACGGCGACCAGGUUUCUCGAAGCAUCGCUUUCCAUCUCGCCAAACACGGUUGCAAGUUGGUUCUGAUGGGAGAUGAGGAUUCUCUAAAGAGCAUUGUAGACAUGAUUAGAGAUUCCAUUGAGGGAGCCUUCCCUGUGGAGCUGGUUGCUCUCGACAUGGAAGCUGAUUCCCAAGAUGCUUUCGAUGCCGCUGUCCAAAAGGCUUGGACUUGUUUAGGCAAUUUCGAUGCUUUUCUCAACUCUUAUACCUACCAAGGCAAGAUUCAGGACAUUCUGCAAGUGUCUCAACAUGAGUUCAAGAGAAUCACAAAGAUCAAUCUCACCGCUCCGUGGUUUCUCUUGAAGGCUGUAGCCAAAAGGAUGAAGGACCAUCGAUCAGGAGGUUCCAUUGUCUUCAUGGCCACUAUUGCUAGCGGAGAGAGAGUGCUUUACCCUGGAGCUGAUGCCUACACUACAACCUCCGCCGCUAUUCAUCAGCUUGUUCGGGCUUCCGCCAUGAGUCUUGGGAAGCACAAGAUACGGGUCAACAUGAUCUCUAGAGGGCUGCAUCUGGAUGAUGAAUAUCCAGCUUCUGUAGGUAGGGACCGAGCGCAGAAGCUGGUCAAGGAUGCUGCACCCCUUGGCCAGUGGCUCAACCCGGACACAGACCUCUACUCCACUGUUUUAUACUUUAUCAGCGACGGCUCACGCUUCAUGACAGGCACCACUGUCUUGGUGGAUGGAGGCCAGUCGCUUACGAGACCUCGUCUCAAAUCCUACAUGUGAUCAAAUAUGUUUACUAUCCUAUGUUUGUGUGUGUUUCUUGGAAAAAGUGAAUUUGAAUAAUCCAUCUAAGCAAUGAUUAUAUAUAAA